AUGGUGGGAAAACAACAUGGGAAAGAUGCAUUUGUUUCACACGGUUUUGAUAGUUGGAAUAAAAGACAAUCAUUGAGAGAUCAUAUGGGUGGUAUUGAUAGUUUUCAUCACAAAGCAAAAGAAAAUUGUGAAUUUUUAUUGAAAGAAAAACAAUCUAUUAGUGCAGCCUUCAAGAAGCAAACCAAGAUUGAGGUGAGUAAUUAUAAACUUCAUUUAGGUGCUUCAAUUUGGUGUUGUAAAUGUUUAUUGAAAAAUGGUUUACCAUUUCGGGGUCAUGAUGAGUCGAGUGACUCUCUUAAUAGAGGGCGUUUCUUGGAGUUAUUAUCUUUCUUGAGAGACCAUAAUGAAGGCAUUCAUAAUGUUACCUUAAAAAAUGCUCCUCAAAAUAAUCAAGUGACGUGCCCGAGGACUCAAAAGCAAAUUGUUGAAUACUUUUCAACAGAAAUAGUUUUAGAUAUUUGCAAAGAAAUUGGUAAAGAUGUGUUUUCUUUAUUGGUUGAUGAAUCUAGUGAUGUAUCAAAAAAAGAACAAAUGGCCAUAGUUUUGAGGUAUGUCGACAACCGUGGAGUGGUGAAGGAAAGAUUCAUUGGAGUGGUGCACGUGAAGGAUACAUCCUCUUUGACUCUUAAAGGAGCCAUAGAUGACGUUUUUACCCGUAACAAUUUGAGUAUGUCUCAGGUAAGAGGACAAUGUUACGAUGGGGCAAGCAAUAUGCGAGGUGCAUUUAAUGGUCUAAAAACUUUGAUUUUACAAGAUUAUGAUUCAACACAUUAUGUGCAUUGCUUUGCACACCAACUUCAGUUAGUUAUUGUGGGUGUAGCAAAGAAGCUUGAUGGUGUUGAUGAUUUCUUUGAGCAACUUUAUUUGGUGGUUAAUGUGGUAGGUGGUUCAUGUAAAAGACAAGACAUGCUACGGAAAAGUCAAAGAGAAAGGGUGCAAAUGUCAAUUGGAAAUGGUGAACUUGAAACUGGAAGAGGGUUAAACCAAGAGAGCUCGCUUAUUCGAGUGGGAGAUACAAGAUGGGGUUCACAUUUCAAAACAUCACAAGUUUGA